UUAUAUAGGCGUGCGUCAAGAUACUACCCAAGCAUGUUUGAGGAAAACAUAAUCAUCUGUUAAGACCUAAAUCAUCGACUUUCGGCGCUAACGAUAGGUGAAUAAAAGACAUCAACUAAUCGUUACUUGCUACUAGUGAAUGUACAACAUUGAAGAUUGCAAAUGAUAUUCCGGAGAAAAAUCUUGGACGUACUUGUCCUGUGCAUGUUUGUCCGUGGAACAACUGGCCUGUCAAUAAAGGAGUUGGGUAUUUUUGAAGUAAAUGGGAUAAAAUUUGCCUUCGAUAACGACAACCUCAUAUUAACCAGCAGUAAUGGAACUCCUCCUAUAUUGAAAGGGAUUGUGUUUAACAACAUCAAACCGGUUUCAGUCAAAAUAGAAGUUCCGUUUCAACCAUCGGUUAUUCCUGUAAAUCCGAAGAUAUGUCUUCCACCUGGAAUUAUUGGAUUGACAAUCACUGGAAUCCCCAUUUACAACCCUUACACAUCUGACUGUUGCAAUGCGGCCUUGGUUGAAAAAAAUAAACUUGACGGUUGCUGGGGAAAUAUGGAUGAGAACAAUCAGUAUUAUUACAACACUCCUCCAUUAUGUACCUUCAAGAAUGUCUGUAAUGAAAGUCAACUAAUAGGUGUGGCAUUAGACGGUUUCCCUAUAUAUGGGCCUUUUGAUGAGCAAGGCGUUUCCGUCGAUUCUAGUUCACUGGACGAAUGUAAUGGGCGAGAAGAUGCAAGACGAGGUUACAGGUAUCACAUAGUUAACAAGUUUCCAUACACGAUCGGGUGCUUCAGAGGACCUCCAACGACGCCAACCGCUUGUGGAUGCGGAACGCUCGCUCCCACUUGUAGUGAUAAACCUGAUACACAAAUAGUCAAAAUGUCGUGUUGUGCCAACGAAGCUUCCUGUAAUUAUAUAUUAAACGAAGAUUACUCAUCUGUACAUAGUGUCACGUAUGGCCGGAAAUUGUGCUCGAUUAUUUAUAUAAUCUUGAUACAACUAUGUUUCAUCAGCGUUUCGCACUUUCAAUGACCAGGACCUAUUCUAUAGCAUGAAAAGUAUAUAGUUUUUCCAUUCUCCACUAUCGACAAUGCCGCCUAGUUUGAAUUUAUGAGUGUCUUUUAAAAUAUCUACGCGGAAGAUCAAAAAGUGGCAUGCACAAACAAUUUUCAAUCUAGUUCUCAUGGGAAUGGGGCCACCACCCACUAGGGCACAAAUUGGCAUUUUAUUCUAGUUUUUGUCAAACUGCACUUUGUUUGUCGGACAGCUUGGCAAUGUUCAGUUUGUUUGAAUAUUUCACUUUCUUUCGAUAUAUAUUAUAAAAAGUUGAAAUUUUGUGAAUCGUUGUUUAAAAAUUUGAGGACUUAA